CUCCAAAUCUCUUUGUAAAUAUUCUCUUUCGAGUUCUUAUUCCACUGAACAAAGGGUUUUUUUCUUCCCGCCGUCUGUGUCCAAUCUAAAACCUAACCGCGGAACAUCAUCAGUCUACAAAAAAGAAAAAAAAACGAAGAACAAAUUACUCUAGAGGGUGUCGUCAAAUGAAUCUUCUGAAAUUCAUCAUCCAUCUUUCGAUAUAUAUAUAGAGAUCAAAAACAAAACAAGUGUGAAGACGACGAUUGGGGGAUAGCAACUUAUAUCCAGACCAAACACUACAAAUUGAUGACGCCACCUUAUAUUGUUCUUGUUCAAGGACCUCCUGAUGUCAUUAAUUCGAAAUUCUUUAUGAUUUUUGUGUUUUUUUUAGUUCCAUAAUUAAGUUGUUAAUUGUCAAUUAUUGUAGGUUGGGAAGUCCCUGCUAUCAUGGAUGACAUCCGAGGACCCAUCUCCAUUGUAACAGGUAAGAAAGCGAGGCUGCAGUUUGUGGAGUGCCCUGACGAUAUUAAUGCCAUGGUCGAUGCUGCUAAGUAUGCGAAUGCUGUGUUGUUACUUGUUGAUGCAAGUUAUGGGUUUGAAGCGGAAACGUUCGAGUUUCUUAACCUUCUACAAGUUCAUGGCUUUCCAAAGGUUAUGGGUGUCCUUACACAUCUUGACGAGUUCGAAGAUGAAACAAAACUCAAUGAAACCAUAAAACGUCUAGAGGAUCAAUUCCGCACUGAAAUAUGUCAAGCAGCAACAAUAUACAAUUUGUCUGGUCUUGUUCACAACUUGUAA